AUGUCCUCCAGAAACCUUAACUUAGCAGUCGUCGGUACCGGUAUUUUUGCCACCGAUGAACAUUUGCCAAACAUCCAAAAAAUCGACAACUUGACCCCAGUUGCUGCAUACAACAGAACUAGAGCAAAGGCUGAAGCUUUCGCUGAAAAGGCCAACAUCGAUAAGGCUAAUGUCUACGAUUCCUUGGAAGAAGUCUUCUCCAACGACAAGAUUGACUUCGUCGAUGCUUUGUUACCAGUCCAACACAACUUAGAUGUGGUUAAGUUGGCUGUGCAGCACAAGAAGCCAUUGGCCUUCGAAAAGCCAAUUGCUGCCAACUUGUCCCAAGCUAAGGAAAUUGUUCAAUUAGCCAGAUCUUCCGAUGUGCCCAUCGCCGUUUUGGAGAACUGGUCUUUCCGUAAGGCUACCAAGAUCUUGAAGGAAGAAAUCAUUCCAAAGAUCGGUGAUAUCAUCUCCUUCACUUACAAUGGCACUGGUGCUUUUGAUGAAGGUAACAAAUACUCCAACACCAGCUGGAGAGUGAAGCCAGAACACAUUGGUGGAUACUUGAGUGAUGGUGGUGUCCAUCAAUUGGCCUUGUUGACCGAUGUCUUGGGACCAGUCGAAUCUAUUUCCGCCUUCACCAAGCAAGUCAGAGAACAAAGUGGUGAUGUUGACAUCUUAUUCUCUACUGUUCAAUUAAAGAGCAAGGCUAUUGGUACUUUCACCUACGGUUCUGCUUUCGGAGCCACUGAUAAGAACUCCUUUUUCACCAUUUUUGGUACCAACGGUUCUAUCGUUUACAACUUUUCUCCACACUUGGCCAAGCCAACCAUCACCUACCAAACUGGUUCAAGCAAGCAAUCUGCUUCUGAAAAGGUUGUGAUCGAAGUUGAUGAAGUCAACACUACCUUCGAAGAAUUCACCAACUUUGCUGCUGCUGUUGAAGCUAAUGACAAGUCUUUGGUUGUUGUCACCCCAGAAAAGGCUUUCCACCAUUUGGCUAUCGUUGAUGCUGCCCUCCAAAGUUCUAAGAACAACGGUUCUAAUGUCAAGGUUGAAUUGCCUUGA